AGACAAAACAGCAGAAAAGUUACGAUUAAUUUAUUGUAAACAUUAUUACUGUACCUAAUUAAAGAAAAUAUUUAAAAAGCGGAAGGUAUUUAUAUUGACAAUUAGAAAAUGGAACGCUGGUUUGGAAAAGUAGCUGUUGUAACUGGAGCAUCUGCAGGUAUAGGCUUGGAAACAUCCAAAGCUUUAGUGCAAAAUGGCAUGAUUGUUGUGGGUCUAUCUCGAAGAACAGAUAAAAUGCAGAAUGGUAUGAAGGCUGUCCCUGGACCAGGAAAGUUUUACGCCAAAGCUUGUGACGUCACAAAUGAAAGUGAAGUGAAGCAAGUUUUCGAUUGGGUUGAAAAAAAUUUUCAAAGCGUGCAUAUACUUGUAAAUAAUGCAGGCUGUGCUAAGUAUUCAACUAUUGAAGACAUGAAAAGUGAAGAUUUAAAACAUAUUAUUGAUGUAAAUGUAGUUGGCCUUUUGCAUUGUACAAGACAUGCAAUAAGCAUUAUGAAGAAAAAUAAACACGAUGCUCAUAUAAUUAAUAUCAAUAGUAACGCAGGGCAUAAAGUUCCUUCUAUUAAAGGAUUAAAUGUAUAUCCAGCAACAAAAUAUGCUGUAACAGCAUUAUCUGAAACAUUGAUUAACGAAAUGAGUGGUGAAAAAAUUAGAGUAACGAGCAUCAGUCCGGGGGUAGUAAAAACCGACUUUUUUGAUGUUGCAAAUAUGGAUCCUUCAUUUUUGAAAGAAAGACCUGCAUUAAACCCAGAAGACGUAGCGAAUUCUAUUGUGCAUGUGAUUUCUGCACCUCAACACGUGCAAAUUACCGAACUAACAAUCAAACCUCUGGGACAGUUGCAUUAAAAUCUAACUGGUGAUCUAUCAUCGUAAAUGAUAUUUAUUUCAUUCUUCCUUAAUCUUGAUAUAAAGAUAAAUUAUCUAUAAAUAUUUGAUAAAAAAUGUUACAAAUCGUUAUCUACAUGAAGGUAUUGAGAUUGUUAAGCUUUAUGAAGUUUGUAUUGAACAAACAGUUUUGUGCACAGAAAGUGAAAUAGCAUGGUUUUUAACUCGUAGUCUAGUAUUUUAACAACUUUUAUGAGGAGAAAGAUUAUGUAUCAAUUCAUAACUUUGAAUAAACAUUAGUAUAUUGAUCAAAAUAAAUAUACACUAAUAAGUUACAUCUUUUGAAUUACUGAAGACGUAUAAAAAAUGAUUAAAAUCUUUAAUUAUAGUUAUUGUUGUUGACCAUUAUAAAUAGGUCAUGUAAUAUAUUGGUACCUAAGUAAAAUUUAAAGGACUAAAGUUAGAGAAAUUGCGCAAGUGGUGCUUAAGUAUCUCUUGGCAAGUCAUUCAUAGUGACGGUCAUAUCUUGUACAACACGAAUAGAGACAAUUUACCUAAGCUAUAUUAUACUAAGCUACUUGCUAUUCAAUAUCUUUCUUUUCAAUAUUUCUAUUUUAAAAGCUGUUUCGAUUUGUCGAGAAUUUUUCUGAAGAUUUACAGCCAAUUUUAACACGCACAGGACUAUAUCAUUUCGAACUGGUGAAUCGUUUCCAAGUGUUUCUUUCACAUUGAUUUAAUAUAAUGGCAAGAAAAUGAUUGCUGAUAAGACUCUCGUUGAAACAAAUAAAAAAUAAUAAGAUUAUAAAUAUAUUAAACAAAUCCGAAAAGUUUUUAAUUCGCACUUACCAAAGAAGAAUUUUGAUUUAUUAGAUAGUUUUCCAUUAUCGGUUG